AUGCCUCUUCAAGCCAUCGCGAUCGAAGAACGUCUUGCCGCAAAAGCGACAGCAAAUCGGAACGAACUCAUCGACCGGCACUCUCUUCGACUUGAACUCGGCCAAGCAAGCCGGCAGAUGCGAGUACAUCUGGUCCUCGAAUUGUUGUUUGGCUUCUUCAUCGGCCAGGGCUGUACAGUGAUUGAGGUGUUCCUACACCUCAGCGCCACUUGCGUUUUCCCAAUCUAG